GUUUCUACAGUAGCCCAGAACAGACAAACCAAACACUUUCGCAUUUUUACGUUACCUGAAGGCCACCGUAGUUCAGCCGUGACAAAGCCUCGGUAUUUGACGCACUGGGAACGAGAACGGGCUGAACAUGGCCUACUGCAAUUUUCAAAUCGCAGGAGCUGCAAAAUGUGUGUCAAAAAAAUGUUUAAUUUUAAAUUAAAUAUUGUGCUGCAGACAUGUCCAACAAAACACAAGCCAGCGGAGGUGGAGGAGAGAGGACACUGGGGCAGUAAGGUGGAGUUUCUCCUGGCUGUGGCGGGAAAUAUUGUCGGCCUGGGCACGUGGUGGAGGUUUCCUUACCUGUGCUACAAAAAUGGAGGGGGUGCAUUCCUGGUGCCAUAUCUGGUAUUUGUGGUGACCUGUGGCGUACCCAUGUUCCUGCUGGAGACGACUGUAUAUCUGGUAUUGGGCGGCAUCACCUGCUGGAGGACGCUAUUAUGCCCACUGGCCAGAGGUAUUGGCUAUGGUGGGCAGCUGAUCGUCUUCUACACCUGUAUGACCUACAUCAUUAUUCUGUCCUGGGCUCUGUUCUACCUGGUGUUCUCCUUCAGCUCACAGCUCCCCUGGGCCAGCUGCAACAACUACUGGAACACAGAUGACUGCGUGGACUUUUCAACGCGAAAUAAAACCUCUGAAUGGACCAACCAGACGAACACAACCUCUGCUGCCACAGAGUUCUGGGAACGACGAGUGCUGGCUAUCUCAGGGGGGAUUGAGGAGAUAGGCAGCAUCAGGUGGGAGUUGCUGUUGUGCCUAAUUACAGUGUGGAUCAUCUGCUACUUUUGCGUCUGGAAAGGGGUCAGGUCUACAGGAAAGGUGGUGUAUUUUACUGCUACCUUUCCAUAUGCAAUGUUGGUAAUUCUUUUGAUCCGUGGACUCUCACUUCCUGGUGCUCUACAAGGAGUACAGUUUUAUCUUCUGCCUGAACCCUCACGACUCAAAGACCCCCAGGUUUGGUUGGAGGCUGGGACUCAGAUCUUCUUCUCAUACAGUUUGGGUGCGGGCGCCUUAACUGUGCUCGGCAGCUACAACACCUACAACAACAAUUGCUAUAAGGACUGUCUGUGGCUGUGUUUGCUAAACAGUGGUACCAGUGUGGUAGCUGGCUUUGCAGUCUUCUCUGUGCUGGGAUUCAUGGCUCAUGAGCAGGGCGUUCCUAUUGCAGAAGUGGCCGAGUCAGGUCCAGGUUUGGCGUUCAUUGCGUACCCUCAGGCUGUAGCCAUGAUGCCUCUUCCCCAACUGUGGUCCAUCUGUUUCUUUGUCAUGCUCAUUCUCUUGGGUCUGGACACACAAUUUGUUGCCAUGGAGGUGAUGAUGACAUCCAUCACAGAUAUGUUUCCCAAAGUAAUGCGCAGGGCAGGCCGACGGGAACGUUUCCUCCUCCUCUUCUGCCUCACAUGCUUCUUCGCUCAGCUCGUCAUGAUCACUGAGGGAGGAAUGUAUGUGUUCCAGAUGUUUGACUACUACGCUUGUAACGGAGGCUGCAUCCUCUUCCUCUGUGUGUUUGAAACUCUGGCACUGGGAUGGAUAAUUGGGUUAUAUUCUCAGACUUGA